AAAAGUAACGGCCACCGUACCGAGUUCGAGCGUGAUUGCGGCUACAGUGCAACAGCCCGUAUCGCCGCCGGUGGUUACCACGACUACGCAAGUGGUAGACCCGGACAAUCCGGAUUGGACGUACGAUCCAAACGAGCCGCGCUAUUGCAUAUGCAAUCAAGUGUCGUACGGCGAUAUGGUUGCCUGUGACAAUUCAGACUGCCCCUUCGAAUGGUUCCAUUAUCCGUGCGUGGGCAUCACCGCGCCUCCCAAGGGGAAGUGGUACUGCCCUCAGUGUACGUCCUCGAUGAAGAGACGUGGCGGACGGAAGAACUGAUUAGGUGAGGAGGAGGAGAAGAAGAGGAGGAAGCUGAGAAACUAUGUCGACCACGUAAAGAAAGCAUCGCUGCUACUACCUCUUAGACACUGUCCGUCGAGUACCGACUUAGUUAGGAAGCUGUUGUUAGCUCUGAUUUUAUAUAACUUUUUCAAUGUGCUGUUUCGAGUCUGCGUCAGUCUUCGGUCUUCUCUUUUCUCGCAAUGCGACCGAGUACACAUGAAAACGACAAUGUUAUUCUAUCGAAAUCUUGAAGUACAUCUAACGGAUAUAUCAAAUCGUAAGAUUUCGUAAACAUCUCAAUGUAUUUCACAUAACUGCCGUUAGCCCCGAGCAAUAAAGGAAAUGGGAUAAGGUGAAUAGAAGGUGAUU